AUAUUUUUGCAGCACAUUUGUUUGAUUACACGUGCGGCGCGUGUGAGAGAAGGUUUUGAAGUGCGCGUAGUAAUGUUGAGAGGGGGAGAAAGUGAUGAACUUUAUUGUACUUGCACUCAAUUCAAGGUUCCACUUUACCUGCUGCUGCUGAUGCCACACUCCUCCUCCUCCGUUACCGGAAAGACAAAGAGAGAGAAUCAGACGACGGUGGUUGGUCACUUUCUCUCUCUAAAACCCUCAACAUUCUCUUUCUAUAUCUACACCUGCAAUGCGUACAACUCUCCUCUCGCUCCUCCUCCUCCUCCUCUGCUUUCUCUAUCUACCUUCUUGUCACACACUCUCUCUCCUAGCCACCACCGACUCCAACAACCACCCCUUGGUGGUGGAGGACGCCAAUGCCACCGCCGCCGAAUCCAACUCUUCUCGCUCGAGAUCUGAGGACGAUAGCUUCGCCGACAUCAUCGAUCGGGCACUCCAAAAGGAGUUCACUGAGAAUGACGACGAUCACUCCCAAGAGGAGAAAAAAGUUUCCAUAACUCUUUCUCUUGCAGCUACUGAUCCUGGGAGCUUUAACAACAGCGUGUCCGAACAACAGGCAGUUAUGGAAACUGUUGCUAGAGUGAGGUCCAAGAAAAAUGACACCAAGGAGGAGAAGUCCUUUCAGCUUCAUGAUGUUUUCAAUUUGGAUAACGAGAAUCGAGGAGAUGAUAUGCCAACGUUGAUAGAUCGAAAGGAUAAUGUGUUUAUUAUAUCAAAUCCCAAGUCAAAGUUUCCUGUGCUACAGUUAGACUUAAGGUUGAUAUCAGAUCUUGUGGUUCUCAUUGUCUCUGCAACAUGCGGUGGCAUUGCGUUUGCUUGUGCCGGACAACCGGUUAUUACUGGGUAUUUGCUAGCAGGCUCUGUUAUUGGACCUGGGGGCUUUAGUUUUGUUAGUGAAUUGGUGCAAGUUGAAACAGUAGCUCAGUUUGGUGUUGUUUUUCUUCUGUUUGCAUUGGGUCUGGAGUUCUCUGCAACAAAGCUUCGUGUUGUUCGAGCAGUUGCAGUGUUAGGAGGCUUGCUCCAGAUAUUUCUUUUUAUGUGCUUGUGUGGAGUAACUGCCUCAGUAUGUCUAAUUUCACCAAAAUUUUCAUGUUUAUGUGGUGGUGAAGUCUCUGAGGGGGUAUUCAUCGGUGCAUUCUUGUCUAUGUCAUCAACAGCUGUUGUUUUGAAAUUUUUGAUGGAAAAAAGUAGUAUGAAUGCACUCCAUGGACAGAUAACAAUUGGUACCCUUAUCUCACAGGACUGUGCUGUUGGUUUGCUGUUUGCGUUGCUUCCAGUUCUUGGUGGUACUGCUGGUGCUCUUCAAGGAGUUGUAUCCAUGACAAAAUCGCUGGUGGUUUUGAUUACUUUUUUGGCCAUUUUGUCAAUACUAUCUCGGACUUGUGUACCUUGGUUUCUAAAGCUGAUGAUUAGCCUAUCAUCACAGACCAAUGAACUUUAUCAAUUGGCAGCAGUGGCUUUCUGCUUGCUGGUUGCCUGGUGUAGUGAUAAGUUGGGUCUAAGCCUUGAACUGGGUUCCUUUGCUGCUGGAGUAAUGAUAUCGACAACCGAACUUGCUCAACAUACACUUGAACAGGAUCGGAUAUCUAAGCAACAGAGUGGGACUGGCCGUAGAGUUGGAGACCUCUAUGUGGCAAAGAGCUUGCAUCUACCUAUGGCCACCUCACUGACUGCCUUUUCUUCUUUUCAGUUAAAUUUUCUGUCUAGUCCUUUUUGCUUGAGGCAUUCUAGAUUAGGGCAUUUGUCUGUUGAUCGCUUACGGUCUUUAGCUCAGUCUGGUAUAUUGGGUAAAGUUUCUUCUAGUGAACUUACUGAAUGUCGGGGGUGUAAAUUUGCUAAAAUGACAGCAUUACCUUUUCAUAAAAGUGCUUCUAUAUCUGAUACAUCAUUUUCUUUAGUUUUUACUGAUGUUUGGGGCCCUUCUCUUGUUUUCACCAAAGAGGGUUCUGCAUACUAUGUGUCAUUUGUUAAUAACUGCACCCGUUAUACUUGGGUUUAUCUCAUGACUCAUAAGUCUGAUAUCUACUAGAUAUAUCGUACUUUCCAGUCUAUGGUCACUACACAGUUUGGGUCUACUAUUCAAUUGUUGCGGUCUGACUUGGGCGGGGAAUACUUUAAAACUGAAUUUUGUGAAUAUUUGGUCAAAUUGGGUACCAUUUACCAAACUUCUUGUACUGAUACACUUGCCCAAAAUGGCGAAUUGAGUGUAAACACCGUCAUUUCCUUGAGACAGCUAGGUCUCUCAUUCUCUCUGCCUCCGUUCUGGCUCCAUUUUGGGAUGAGGCAGUUCUUACUGUUGUUUUUCUUCUCAAUCAUAUGUCUACCCCCCUUCUUUCUGGUCGGUCUCCUUAUGAGGCUCUGUUUUCUCAACUUCCUAAUUACUCCCUCAUUCGUGUGUUUGGGUUUGCUUGUUUUGUUUUUUUAUCCCGCAAACAUAGGACCAAACUUAGUGCCCGGUCUGUCCUAUGUGUUUUUUUGGGUUAUAGUCUCACUCAGAAAGGUUAUCGCUGUUAUGAUCCUGUUUCCCGUUGCCUUUAUGUCUCUCGCCAUGUUGCAUUUCUCGAACGUCUCCCUUACUUUCAGUUUCCUCCUCUCACUGCCCCAGUUUCCAAAGAGGAUUUGGUUCAUAUUGAUUCAUUUCCUUGUAAGGUCCCGUCUGAUGAGUACAUCUCCACAGUUCCUCCUAAGCUUGUUCCAUCUUCUCCUCUUACUUUACCUCUGGCUGCUUUUCCUUCUUCAGCUUUUUCUCCUCCUUCGUUGUUAGUUUAUUCUCGUCGCAAGGCUCCUCCUUCUCCACUGGUUCUCUUUGCCCCUGCUGCUAAUCCUCCUGCUUCUGACGACUCUGAUCUUACUGCAUACCGAUAUCCUACUCGAGCGCGUCAUCCUCCAAACAGGUUGUGUUUUUCUAAUACAUGUUUUUCUGCUUCCUAUCGUACUUUUUUGUCUGCUAUUCACUCUUUUUUAGAACCUCAGUCUUACAAGGAGACCUGUUAGGAUCCUUAUUGGGUUCAAGCUAUAGAGGAUGAGUUGUCUAUUCUACAGAAAACUAGUACUUAGGAGUUGGUUCAUUUGCUUGCUGGUAAGAAUCUGAUUGGUUGUAAAUGGGUCUACAAAGUUAAGACUCAUUCUGAUGGUUCUCUUGAGCGCUACAAAGCUCUUCUAGUUGCCAAAGAUUUCUCACAGGAGUAUGAUAUUGAUUAUGAGGAGACUUUUGCUCUUGUUGCUAAGAUGAUUAUUGUCUAUACUUUGAUCUCUAUUGUUGCUGUUUGUUUUUGGCCUCUUUAUCAGAUGGAUGUUAAGAAUGCUUUUUUUAAUGGUCAUUUCAUCGAGGAGGUUUACAUGCGUCCUUCCCCUGGCCUUCACCAUUCCUCUGGAUAGGUUUAUCGCCUUCGGUGUGCUUUGUAUGGUCUAAAACAGUCUCCUUGUGCUUCGUAUGAUCGCUUUCAGACUGCUAUUAUUGAGCUUGGAUUUCAUCCUUGUGCCCAGGAUUCUACUUUAUUUCUUUUUCACACCUUUGCUAGAUUUGUUGCGUUAUUACUGUAUGUGGAUGAUAUGAUCAUCACUGGUUCUGACUCUUCUGCUAUAUCUGAGGUCAAGCAGCAUCUUUUUCGCACCUUUGAAAUGAAGGAUCCGGGCCAUUGCGGUAUUUUCUUGGUAUUGAAGUCGUUUCUUCUCCCAAGGGCUACUUUCUCUCUUAGGCUAAGUAUGCUAAUGAGGUUAUUCAUCAUGCCGAUCUUAUUGACACUAAGAUUUUUGAUACCCCCAUUGAGCUUAAUGUCAAGCUCAAAACUACUGAGGGUGUUCUUCUGGAUGAUCCUACUUUAUAUAGAGAGCUCAUGGGUUGCUUAGUCUAUCUGACGGUUACUUGUCCUGAUCUUGUCUAUGCUAUUCAUGUGGUUAGCCAGUUUGUCUCUGCUCUUCGCUCCUUACUCCUCACAUUAGGCUGCAUUGGUUCGGAUUCUUCAUUAUCUCCGGGGUACUAUCUUUUAGGGUUUACUGCUGCCUUCUACUUCCUCUUUGGACUUGGUAGCUUAUGCUGAUUCUGAUUGGGCUGAUGAUGUCACUGAUCGCAAGUCCACUUCUGGCUUUUGCAUGUUGCUUGGUGAUUCCUUGAUUUCUUGGAAGAGCAAGAAACAGACUGUUGUUGCGCAUUCCACUGCUGAGGCUGAGUACCGUGCUAUGGUUCAUGCCAGUGCUGAGAUUGUUUGGCUUCGCUAUCUCUUGACCGAUUUAGGUGUCCCUCAGUCUUCUCCAACCUCCCUUUACUGUGACAACCGCAAUGCUAUUCAGAUUGCACAUAACACUGUCUUUCAUGAGCGGAUGAAGCACAUUGAGAUUGAUUGUCAUUUUGUCCGUCAGCAUUUGCAGUUUGGUUCCCUCUCGCUUCCUUUCGUCUCUUUGGCAUUGCAACUUGCUGAUUUCUUUACGAAGACUCACACCACUGUUCGAUUUCUGUUUCUUCUUGGCAAACUCUCAGUAUUUUCUGCUAAAACACCUUGAGUUUGAGCGGGGGUGUGAGAAUAUUAUAUAAUUAUGGAAAUAUGUUAAUUAGGUUGAUUGUGAAUAUUCGAUUGAUAGUAUACAAUCAAUCUAUAGAUUAGGUUUAGGAUUGCUAUAAAUAUUGGUUGUAAUUUUUAUAUUAUGUACAAUUGAAUAUACAGAAAAGCUUUCAAGAAUCUUACAAGAACAACUGGUUGUACCAUAGGAGCAACAGGGACAACGGGAAUCUCUUCACACCAAGGCUUUCCUUGAAGGGAUGAUUGUGACACUGGAGAAGACAAGAAGUAGGACUGAGACUCAAAUAAAGUGACAUCCAUGGAUACAAACCACUUACGAGAAGGAGGGUGAUAACACUUAUAUCCCUUUUGAGUAGGCGAGUAUCCGAGGAAAACACACUUGAGAGAGUGAGGGUCCAACUUACCAUGAGUAGGAGAAUAAUUAUGGACAAAACAGACACAACCAAAUAUUUUAGGAGGAAUG